AUGCCUAAUUCCUUGGACUCCUCUCGACCCAUCAUGGCACCCUCGGCCCGUACCUCGGUGCGCUACAGCACAUACAGCUUCACUCCUACCAUUCAGACUACCGAUUCCGCCCAAAACGAAAUUCGCGACAUCACCAACGGUCUCGAGCGCAUGGAGAACAAGGCUCUCUCUCAACAGCGUGUCACUCUCACCGAGGAGAAGUCUGCCUACCUAGCCAAGCUUGCCCUCGGCGCCAAGCUCGAACGUGCCCUCGAUCGUCGCAUGUCUUCUCAGGAUGCCGUCAUGAGGCCACGGGGUAAGAGCGUGGCUCUUAACGAGAAGGCGCAGUAA